AUGUCGUGCGCGCUCAACGAGCCGGCGGCGGAUAUGACGCUGGUGGAUCUCGAGACCGGGGAGCGGAAGCAGUUGAUGGACCUGAUCGCAGCCAACGAGGGCAAGCACACGAUCCUGACCUUCUACGCCACGUGGAGCAAGGCGUGCGUGCAGGAGGUGGAGCUCAUGGAGCUGUUCAGCAAGGGCGACCACCACAAACUCCUCAACUUCGUGCUCAAGCCCCGCGUGCGCCGAUUCUACGGCGACGGUGAGAAACCCACCGUGAUGCACUUUGGCUUAGCCGACGCUGAAGUGCCCGGACCCUACGGACUGCAGAGCGUCCCGCAUACGGUGGUGAUAAACCCGGACGGCAUCGUGCUUCGCAACGGUGACAACUUCCACUGGGACGACAUCGCUGGUCUGCUACGCCACCGCCAAGAGAUGACGGACCCGGGCGUCUUGAACCAGCUCAUCAGGUGGCUCAUUCCUCCACUUACUGUGUAG